CCUCUGCUCUGGACCGUGGCGGGUCAGUACUGCGCUGGUGCUGGGGAGGAGGAAGAGGAGGAGGAAGAGGAAAGGGCUGUUGGAUGCUCACGGUGCUGCCCCUCUUGGGGUGGCCUCUCGGUGAGGACGAUGCGGCUGCACCCGGCGUCAGAGGCUCCUGAGCCGCUGCUCUGGGAGGGCUCCCCAAACCGCUCCGGGGGGAUGUUGGGACUCUGUGCUGCCUUCGAACCCUCCAGGCAGCCUUGCUGAAGGAGCCUCCUGCCCUGGAGCAGCACCCGCGUCCCGCAGCCAGCCCCCAGGGGCAGCGGGAGGCCGGGGGCGAGUGGGGCGGCUUCUGUGGCCGCUCUGAUGGAGCCGGCGGCGGGCGAGGAGGCAGAACCCGGCCCGGAGCUGCUGCAGGUGCCCGCUGGGGAAGGCCGUGCCGGGCAGAGGGACGAGAGCGAGACCGUGGGGUCGGGGGGUCCCGGGGAGCCGCCCCGAAGCUGUGGAGAUGCUGCCUGGGGAUGCUGGGACCUGCCCGCGGCCGAGGAUGCCAGGGAGCCGCUCCUGCCCGGGCAUGAGGAGCCGCCUGCCCGCGGUGCCUCCCUGCCUGCGGGGCACGAUCCUCCCGCUGCCGGCAGCACCGGGCCCGGCCUGCCCCGCGGGGAGAGCCCAUCGCCCACCGAGAGAGCGCCCAGCUCCGUCCCGAGCCCGUUCGGCGGGGCAGAGGAGGCUCGGAGCGAUGGGGCGGCGGCAGAGCCGUGCCCCGAGGCGGCGGGCAGCGAGGACGAGUGUCCCAUCUGCACCGAGCCCUACGACGAGCGGCGGCACAAGGCGGCCGUGCUGAACUGCAGCCACGGGCUGUGCCGCUCCUGCCUGCGGGCCAUCAUGGCCACGGCCACCGAGGCCGAGCUCGGCCGCGUGCGCUGCCCCAUCUGCCGCCAGAAGACGCCCAUGCUGGAGUGGGAGAUCUGCAAGCUGCAGGAGGAGCUGCUCCUGCUGCACUCCCAGCCCGGCUCCCCCGCCGCCCUGGCCGCCUCCCGGCCCCCUGCCCUGCCUGCCCGGCGCCCGGGCCUGGCCGGUGCCCUGGAGCAUCGCUUCCAGGUUCGCUUCCACACCAGCCGCAUGUUCGGGUGCCUGCCCUGCGUGCGGUACCCGCCCUGCCUCAUCCGCGCCCUGGCCCGGCUGGAGCGCCGCUGCCGCUGCUGCUACCUCGUGCUGCUGGCCCUGCUGCUGGCGGCAGAGAUGCUCAGCCUGCUCCUCAUCUUCCUCCCCAUCGUCCUCAUGGUGAUGCUGUUCCUCAUCCUGGACAAAUAGCGGUGUCUGUGUGCCCUGGGGCUGAGCCUGUGACCCUGCCUGGGACAGCCGCUCUGCCAGCGAGCCCCGGCGGGUGAGGCACAGCACGAGCACGAGCAGAGGGAGGUGACCCUGGAGCUGGGCACCGCCAGGUGCCACAUCAGCGCCGCAGCCAAGGGACAGAUGGAGCUGGAGCCCUUCCUGAGCAUCCCUGGCCUGGGGCUGGGGACCAGAGAGGAUCUGUGGGCAGAGCACGGCUGGGCUGUGCCAUGGGGCUGUGCUGUGCCAUGGGGCUGUGCCAUGGGG